AUGGCUACUGAGGGCGUCAUAUUAAACAAUUACUAUGUGUCCCCGAUGUGUACCCCGACUAGAGCGUCAAUUAUGUCCGGAAAACACCCGAUUCACCUCGGUAUCCAACAUUUUGUGAUCUUCGCCGCGCAGCCUUAUGGACUACCACUUAAAGAAGUAACGAUAGCACAGUAUCUUAAAAUUCUUGGCUACAAGACUCAUGCAGUUGGAAAGUGGCAUCUGGGAUAUUUCACAAAGGAGUACACCCCUUUAUAUCGAGGAUUCGACUCUUUCUUUGGCUUCUUGGGUGCCAAAGAGGAUUACUGGGAUCACAGCUCGUUUGAGGAUUACUGGGGCUAUGACCUCCGAGACAACAUGAGGCCCAUCAAAAGAACUGGAAUUUAUGCAACAGACCUUUUUACCCAGGAGGCCAUAAAAAAGAUCAACGCUCACGAUGCUUCCCAACCAAUGUUCUUGUACCUCGCCCACCAAGCCGUGCAUUCAGCCAACAAGAAUGAUCCUCUUCAGGCACCAGAACAACUUAUAAAGAAAUUUAGUUUCAUCAAAGACGAAAGAAGACAAAAAUACGCUGCCAUGGUGACGUCAUUAGAUGAAUCUGUCGGUGCUGUGAGGCAGGCUCUUGCAGAUAAAGGAAUGUUGCAAGAUUCCGUCAUCAUCUUCACCACAGACAACGGGGGAGCUCCUUAUGGAUUCAAUUGUUUGUCCUUGAUUAGGAACGCUGGCUCAAACUUCCCUUUCCGCGCGGGCAAAGACACCCUAUGGGAAGGUGGAGUGAAAGGUGUUGGUUUCGUCUACACCGCAAACGAUCUCAUCAAGCACAAGAAACGUGUGUGCAUGGGACUGAUAGACGCUACAGACUGGGCUGCGACGCUGUACCAUUUGGGAGGAGGUGACGCGGAGCUAAUAUCAGCUAGAACCGACGGAAAGAAUGUCUGGGAGACGAUAUCGUACGACGCACCAUCACCCCGGGAUGAAGUAUUGCAUAAUAUAGACCCCAGGCGAAACUUUGAAGCCAUCCGUAAAGGGAACUUUAAGCUUGUGGUUGGAAUGGAUGACACAUAUCAGCUUGGAUGGCACGCGAGGUACGCAACAAAAUUGCCCCCUCCCUGGUCUGAAACCCCAACUCUCCCUGGAGCAGAAAUUAAAUGCGGUCCCUGGACGAACGGCGUAGGCAUGUGCGACUCAAAGGAUCACCACGCUUGCUUGUUUAACCUGGCUGAUGAUCCGUGUGAAUACAAAGAUGUUUCACACCUUCACCCACACGUGGUUGAGGAGCUGAAAGAGAGACUUAACUAUUACCGCAGCACAGCUUUACCAGUUGUUUAUCCGAUGAUUGACCAAGAAGCAGAUCCCAAACACUUCAAUAGCUUCUGGGGUCCGUGGAAGACACUUACAGACAAGUCGGAAUACUUUUCUGCCAAGAGCGCUUGUAACCACGUGCAAGCAGAACAGGUUCAUCGGGGAUUACAUCUCAUGCAUUAUUCCAAUCAAACUCUAUGAUUUCACGCAGUUUAAAAUUGAGAUUCUCACUGCACGGAAAAUAGUUAUAUACAUUAAUUAUAUAGAGGAGUAUGUAAUAAGUCGAGGCAAAAGCAUUGGAACACGAAGAUUUAUAAUGACCUUUUCGUGGUGACUCGGGUGACACAGUCGACAAGUAGAAAUACCAGCUAAACUAAGAUAUUUCUAUAGCAUUCUGAAUCAUGGAAUGCUUAGCCAUUUAAACCACAUCAUCUGUGAGAAGGCUUCACUGCAGGCCAGGGGUGGCAAAGCAAAAUUUUACAUUAGAAAGGAGCUGAAAAACUCCACAGUUGUAAGAAGAGAGUGAAUGCUGAAAAGAUGGUCGAAGAUGGUCUUUACACAUACACUGACCUAUCCAUCAGUUAUAUCUAACGCACGUGGAAGAGGUUAAAGCCCCCCAGCUUCCCCCUUGGUCCCCUUGCCCUGCGGCACUCUGUGAGUCACUCAGGGGCCAUAAUCGGGGACGGAGACCCAGAUUCUGACUCCUGGUCAGCCGAUAUCAUGUUACGCGCGGUCUUCGAGCUAGAAUGGAAUUCGUAAAAAAGACGACAGAAGCCUUUCAACGCUGCUUAAAAGUUAGUUAUAAUUAAGGGCUUCGGACCGUCGGCAAGGCUGAAAUGCAUUCUUAAGAGCAGCUUCGCCUAAAUAUCAACUAGA